UUGUGCGUCGUCGCCCCCUCUCCAUUGGCUAACCGCGCCCCCUCUGCGCUCAGCCUUUACAGCCGACCACUCCGUCGGUGAGCACUUGACCCACGCUGCGUGGAGCCGCUCGGAAAAAAGAUGGAGAAAAAGAGCGAGAUCAACGGGCACGCCAUGCCCAGCUCCGCGUCCACCGCCCGGAUGCUGGAGAACAGCGAGGAGCCCGUUGAGGAGGACCAGCAGCAGAAGGAGGAGGGGAAGGAGAAGAAGAAGUGGGGCUUCAAGGAGAGGUUGACCCGGUUCCUGAGCAGGAACCUGCUGGUGAUCCUCACCGUGUCCGGCGUCCUGGUGGGCGUCGGGCUCGGCAUGGUGGUCCGCGGCAUGAACCUGAGCAAAGCGCAGAUGAGCCACUUAGCCUUCCCCGGAGAGAUGCUGCUGCGGAUGCUGAAGAUGAUCAUCCUGCCGCUGGUGGUCUGCAGCCUAGUGUCCGGCGCCGCUAGCCUGGACACCCGCUCCCUGGGCAAGCUGGGCGGCAUCGCAGUCGCCUACUUCCUAGUGACCACGCUGAUCGCCUCCGGGAUCGGGGUAGCGCUGGCCUUCAUCAUCAAACCGGGGGUUGGCGCCGGAGCCCUGAACACCAACAGCCUGGGUCUGGAGAGCGUCAGCAGCAACAAGGAGACCACGGACUCCUUCCUGGAUCUGGCCAGAAAUUUGUUUCCAUCGAACCUGGUGGCGGCUGCUUUCCGUUCUUAUGCCACGGACUACAAAAUGGUCGCUGUGGGGAACGACACCAAUGGAACAACCCUGUAUCAAAAGGUGCCGAUUGGAACUGAAGUCGAUGGUAUGAACAUCCUUGGUCUGGUGCUGUUUGCUAUGAUGUUUGGCGUUGCCCUUCGGAUACUUGGAGAGGAAGGAGAGGAACUCAUUCGUUUCUUCAACGCCUUCAAUGAAGCCACCAUGGUGCUGGUGUCCUGGAUUAUGUGGUAUAUUCCCUUUGGCAUCAUGUUUCUUGUGGGGAGUAAGAUCGUAGAAAUGGAAGAUGUAGUUCUUCUGGUCACAAGCUUGGGAAAAUACAUUUUCGCUUCAAUCCUGGGCCACAUCAUCCAUGGAGGCAUCGUUCUUCCCCUCAUCUACUUUGCCUUCACCCGAAAGAACCCCUACAGCUUCCUUUCGGGCCUUAUCACACCCUUCACCACCGCCUUCGCCACCUGCUCCAGUUCGGCAACUCUUCCCUCAAUGAUAAAGUGUGUGGAAGAAAACAACGGUGUGGACAAGCGCAUUAGCCGCUUCAUCCUACCCAUUGGAGCGACAGUGAACAUGGACGGAGCAGCCAUUUUCCAGUGCAUUGCUGCCGUCUUUAUUGCACAGCUCAACAAUACUGAACUGAACGCUGGACAGAUCUUCACCAUCUUGGUAACGGCCACCGCCUCCAGCGUCGGCGCCGCAGGCAUCCCGGCUGGUGGCAUCAUCACCAUCGCCAUCAUCCUGGAGGCCAUCGGCCUGCCGACCAACGAUCUGUCCCUCAUGCUGGCCGUCGACUGGAUUGUGGAUCGUACCACCACCGUGGUGAACGUGGAGGGUGACGCUCUGGGUGCAGGAAUCCUGCACCACAUCAACCAGCUGGAAAUGAAAAAGCACCAACAGGAAGUAGCGAAGGAGCUGGAAGAAGUCAAGGUUGAAUCUGUGGCAAACGUUCAGGCGGAGGAGGAGACAUCGCCGCUCGUCGUGCACCAAACCAAAAUCCUGGAGGGAAUGCCCGAAGCCAUCGAGUCUGUCCUGUGAACGCAGACAGACUUCUCUCUGACCGUCUGACCUGAGAUGUGUGAUGUUGCUGCUGAUCGGGCAUCAGUGUGACCCGAUGUCCUUUAAAAAAAACAAACAAAAACAAAACAAACAAACAAACAAAAAAAAAGCAAGAAGGAAGGUUUGCAACUUUGAAGGUAAAACAAAAAAGUCAUCUAUAGUCUGUCUGCAGUGCAUCCAGGAUUCUAAUUCAGGAUAGCACAUAAUGCAAUCCAGAAAUAUUUUUCUAAUGAAAUACUAGCAUAAGCGGUUAGUGAUUUCAUUUUUGUUUUAGUUUUUUGCUUGUAUUAACUCUAAAAUAGGCCAGAAACAUUCCAACAAAUGUUCAAGAUUCACUUACAAUAGCUCUCAAAAGGUUCACAAACCGUAUUAAAAUGCUUAGUUUGUUCAUUUUAAACUCCUUAAUAUAUCAUUUAAAAGCUAUUUCCACAUGAAGUGCAAAAUAUCCUGUUUAAUUUAUGUAGAAGUCAAAAUAUUAUAUGAGGAAAUUAUACAAAAAAAGAAAAAGCUGCAAUAAUCUGGUUGCAUAAAUGUGCACACCCUGAAACUUUUGAUUCAGUUAUUUAUAGUGAAACUAAAAUAAGGUCCUGAUAGUUUUUCUGACAUUAGCACAUUUUCAUCCUUUAGCUAAAGCCACAGUUUGCAGAGAGGUUACAAAGCAUCAAAACGAUUUUAUUGCACAAAGGUAUCAGUCAGGAGAAGAGUGUAAAAAAAUCCACAAUAUUUGUAAGUGGCAGUGGUAAUUGAGUAACAUCUUAGAUUGAUCAGCAUAAAUGUGAAUCAAAAUUGAAGAAUUGGUUUAAGGUGUUCAAACAAAUGCAACUGGAUUAUUGUACCUUUUUUUCUUUUUAACAGAUUUGUUUGUUUUACAGCCAGUUGUAGAGUAUAUGUGUCAUAUUAACACAUAAACUUUGGAUUUUAACAUGGAUGGGGACGUUUUUAAGAAACACUGCAGAGUAAAGAGAGAAAGAGCCUUAAAUGUUCUGUUUUCUGAACAUUAUGGAUUCUUUUAUUUGUAUUCAAAAAGAAGAAUGCAGGACCAUCAUUGACCUUAAAGGAAUAACAAUGAAAUUAUUGACGUUUUGAGUAAAUGACACAUUCCGUCGCUUCAUCAUGUCUGAUGUAAACAGUGAUGAUAGUUGCUAUUUCAAGUGAAAAUAACAGAUUUUUUUUAGUUUCGUAAUUAGAUGGAGUUGAAUUUGCAGCUGAUUUUGGCUCCAAAUUGUGAAAGUAUAUCUCCAGAUAACCAGAUAUCUGAAACCAUGGAAGAAAGUGAUCUGAUGCUUGCUCCCUAUUUUCAAUCUGAUUUCCCAAUUUUGUAGGAGGUUUAAAAAAACACUAAGCUCAGCUAGCUCACCAAGCUAGCUAGCUCACCAAGCUAGCUAGCUCACCAAGCUAUAGCUCACCAAGCUAUAGCUCACCAUGCUAUAGCUCACCAAGCUCAGCUAGCUCACCAAGCUAGCUAGCUCACCAAGCUCAGCUAGCUCACCAAGCUAGCUAGCUCACCAAGCUAGAUAGCUCACCAAGCUAGCUAGCUCAGAUAGCCUGGUAUCGCAGCAAACUAAUGUUAGCUGCUUUUUAAUAAGUUAUCAACCUAAUUUUCUUUUCAAUCUUAAUCUUUAAAUUUAUUUGUUAUAAUAUAUUUUAUCUGUAUUGCGAAAAGCUUUUGGAAAGUAUGUUGGCGACAAAUUUGCAAAGUAUGCUAGCUAACUAACCCGCUAAAGCAGUGCUGAAAUUCAGCUAACGGUUAAUUUGGGAUACCAUUCAUCUUUUAGCCAAGUUUGUUUAGUCGGACUUUAUGUUAAAAUAAGUUGUAACCAUAACUACAAAUGUGAUUUUUAUAUAUUCUGACAUUAACUGACAUCUAACUGUAGCAGCUAAAUCAAAUGAGGUUUACUGUAAAUGUUAAUUUUUUGCUAAAAACCUCGCAGUUGUGAAGACACUAAAACUACCAAAAUGGCCCCUGUUAUGUAUUUAAAUCUGGGUGCCAUUUUUUAAUAUUUAUUUAAUAUAUUGUAAUUUAAUUUAAAUUCUUAUAAGUGUAAAAGUUAUUGGUAAAUUUGUGGCACUUUUGGUAAAAGACAAGAAAAUUAUGGGGAUCAAAAUAGAUGUGAAAUUCAGAUUUUUGCUUAAAGUGAGCAAUGUUGAUUUUUACAACUCCCUGCUACAUAAUUAAGUAACAAUAAAAAUGCAGAAUUUCUACUAAUUAUCAAAAACCUCUGUGAAAUUUAUAGCGCUGUUUAUGCUUUCCAAUAAAUACUGACAGGAUCUCGUCUGACGUCAAGCAAAUUAUCGGUGCACCUUGUUUUGUUUGGCAACACGAAAUCACUCCAGUCUGAAAAUUAAACAUUUUACUCUGAUAAAAAAAACGGUGGCUGGUUUGAAAAUAUGUUACACUAAAAUAAAAGGUUCUCCCUCUGUUUACACUCUAACACUGGACCAAAAUGCCAUAAUUCACAUAAUUAUUAUGUUUUUUGUCUAUUAUUUUAUCUUUUUGUGUUGUUAAACUACACUGGACGUUAUAGGACGCUAUAGAUAAUAUUUGUCUGGUUUUAAAACCAAACAUGGUGGCAAAAAUAUGGCUUAGUGCGUUCGUCUUUCAUAACCCUAUAAUAUCACUUUUACCAACUUUUGUUAAUAUUGGUUGUACGACGGAGUGUUAGGGGCACGCUAAGAAAAGUAAAAUUGUGAGAAUAGAGUCAUAAUAUUAGAAGAAUAAAGUGGAAAUAAUACGAGAAUUAAGUUGUUAUUCUGUAUUAUUUUGACUUUAUUCUCGCCUGGCUUUAUUAUUAUAUAGCUAUUAUAGUACGACUUUAUUCUCAUAAUAAAGUUUUGUACUUUAUUCUCGUAAUAUGACUAUGCAUGUAAUAUUAUGACUUUAUUCUCAUAUUAUUGCGACUUUACUCGAAUUAAUUCUAUUUUCUCAUAAUACUACAACUUUCUUGUAUUAUUUUGACUUCAUUCUUGUACAACUUGACUUUAUUUUUCUUUAAAUGACUACUCGUAUUAUUUUGAGUUUAAUCCUGUACUUUAUUCUCGUAAUUUGACUGUUUUUGUUUUACUUUGACGUAAUAUGACUAUACCCGUAAAAUUAAAACUUUAUUCUCAUGUUAUUGUGACUUUAUUCUCGUAUAAUUCACGUCUUUUCUUGUACUACUUGGGCUUUAUUCUCGUAAUACAACUUUCUUGAAUUAUUUUUGACUUCAUUCUGGAGAAACUAUAUUCUCGUAAUAUUAUAAGUUUGUUCUCAUAACUUUUUUCAUUUUCCUUAUCCUCGUCCUAAUUCUCUGUUGUAUGGUUAAAAUGUUAGCUUGUCUGUUUUCUUCUUGCAUAUUUUUGUUACUCUGCCUGUAGAUCCUUCUUUAAAUGAAAAUCAGUUCCUGUUGUUGCACCUUUUUUUUUUUUUUUUUUAAAGCUUAGCAGUUUGUGAGCCCCACGUUUCUGCACGGUGCGCUCUUUUCAUUUUUGGAUUAUUUUGGAGGGAAUAAUCUGGUGCUGUUGUCGUUUGUGCCAAAUCUACAAUCUCUCUUUGAAAGCUGCAACUUGACCAAUAAACCCCUGCCUCCCUCUAGUGGCUAUAAUGUGAAAAUGCUAUAAAAAUACUGUGGUGCAAAGCAACAUUUCCUAUUUAUUCAUGUUAUUUAACAUUAAGAAGCAGAAGGUGAUUCUGAUCCAGUGCUUGCUCAUGUGAUAUUAUGUAUUCUGUGAAAACCACUGCAGUGAGUUUUUUUUGUGGACUCUUGGGAAUGUGGACAUUUAGUAAAGAUGACACAAAUGUCUGCUUUAAUUAAAAAAAUGAAUUUUUUUUUUCACUCAUUAGACAUAUCAGAUUAAUUAACCUCACACUGAGUUGUACGACUACGUGGUACAUGGAAUUUAUAUCCAUAUAUAUAUUUGAUAAUUUAUUGUGAUUUGUUUAACUUUUAUGAAUCAUUUUUACUUGUUUUAAACACUGUACACUUUCCCCCUCAGUUUUCAAUGUUUCUACCGUAAGAACACUUUAUAGCCUCAAUCCUGCUGAGACUUUUCUUCUCAAACAGAAUGUAAGUAAUUUUUGCUCCUAUUUUUAGUGCUUAAAAUGAAUGCUUUGUUACCUGUGACAUGUCUGCGUCUAACAUUGUACAGCUGUUUGCUUAGUCCUGCUGCCUGUCUUCAUUAAAGAUGUUUUCCUUUUUGUUUUUGA